AUGCUGGCCAGCAAAGACCACGACCUCCACCGGAAGCGCCGCGCCGUGCUGAACCCUUACUUCUCCCAGCAGAGCGUGCGAAGGCUGGAGCCGGUCAUCAACGACACGCUUUCCAACCUGCUCUUCCGCAUGGAGGGCUGGGGUCGAGCUGGAGAGGUGGUGAACAUGAACGUGCCUUUCAGAGCAGCGACGAAAGACAUCAUUCAAGAUUGCAACGCACCCUUCUUCGACGUCCUGACUCCACAGCGCAUAUGCCACCUUGGAACGCAUGUGUACUGGUUGGCGUGGAUCAUGGCACGCCUGCCGCCCUCCCUGAUGAUUGCUCUUCUUCCAAGGGUUGGCGUAUUUGCGAAGUUCAUGCAAGACUUGACGGCACAAAUCGAACAUAUUCGCAACGCCAAGGAGCAUCCGGAAGGCAAGACGAUCUUUCACGAAAUCAUACGGAGCGACAUACCCGACUCCGAGAAGGAGACGAAGCGCCUGGCGGACGAGGCGAUGGUCAUCCUCAUCGCAGGCUCGGAAACCACGGCCUCCACUUUGGCAGCGAUCAUGUACCACCUGCUGUCCGACAGACCGAUGCUGGCUCGACUUAAGAAGGAACUCGAGGACGCGUUCCCGGACGCGAACCAGCUGCCCGACGCGUCGAAGCUGGACAAGCUCCCGUUCCUCAACGCCAUCAUUCAGGAGGCGAUCCGUCUCUAUCCCGGCGCCACGCAUCGCCAGGAUCGCAUCGCCCCAGACGAAGACCUCGUUCUCGAAUCGUCCGACGGCGGCACGUUCGUCAUCCCAGCUGGCACUCCGGUGGGUAUGUCGCCGUCUACCAUCAACAGGCACCCGGCCCUGUACGGGCCCGACCCGGACGUCUUCCGACCGGACCGCUACCUCGAGAACCCUAGACUGGCGAGGCACAACUUCAGCUUCUCCAAGGGGGGGAGGGCGUGCAUCGGCAUGAACCUGGCGUGUCAGGAAUUGCAGAGCUUGACCGCGGGCAUCUUCCGGAAGUACGACGCCUUCGACCCGGAGGCGACGGAUCAGGUAGGUCCAACGCUGGAGCUGUUCGAGACCGUCAGAGAAGACGUGGCAAUGUACGCCGAUUACAUCACCAUCUGCCCCAGACCCGGAAGCAAAGGUCUGAGGGUGAAGAUCAGGAAUUAG